CCAAUGUGAAAAGCGUGGAGGGAGUUGUAAGCGGAGGGAUCAUACUGAAGCUCCUUUCGAACAUUUAUUCAGUUUGGAUUCUGAGUAACUAUGUUGCCAAUGAGAAAGAGGAGGAAUUGGAGGUGAGUAGAAGGGGGAAAAUGAACUAUAUUUUCGACGGGAAUGGAAAAACUGUGCUGGUUACCGGGGAUGGCGGGGAAGGCAAUGGUUUUGAUGUGGAGGACCAGCUUGAAAUGGAAGAGAAGAUCAAGGAAAUUAAGUUAAUGGCGAGGGAAGUUCGGAGAGUUGAGUCGGAGAAGAAAGAGGAAGAGGAUGAGGGUCUUGAAGUUGAUGAUGAAAGCUCGGUUUCUAGUACUAAUAGGAUUGGUAUUGAGAAAGAGAUUGGUUAUUGAAGCUGCAGAGUAGGAUUUCAGAUAGUAAUAAGGAUAGUUCAGCAGCGAUACGCAGCAACGCUCGUGGAAACUCUGCUGCUGGGAUCGCUAGGGAUGGCAAUAAGAAUGUGAAUCAAGGAAAUGAGGCAUUAGUGUUUAAGAAAAAGUUUAAGUAUAGAAGCCCUUCUACUAAGGUAACAAAGGCUCCCAAGGGCUUUUCAGGGACCCGAGAUAGUAAGGCAUCUAAUACAAUAGAGGAGGGUUCUGCUGUUAAGAGUAUGACUCAAGAUUCUGGAAGUGAUGCAACUGAUCAUGAAGGAGUAUUAUGUGAAGAUAAGCAGGUGAAUCAUCAGAAUGUUGUGACAGACAAAAGUACUUCUAGUGUUCCAUUGGAAGAAAGUGGAAAAGUCGUUGAUAACGAGUCCAGGGAAAUUUUAAAUCAUGGGAAGGAUUUGGAAGAAAAGAUGGAGACACCAAACAAGAAAACUGAAGUUCCAGCUAAAGCUAACAGCAAUGACAACGGUGGUGUCCAGGAGACUAGUGUUGGGAUGUCUUCACUUGAAGUAAUACAGUUAAACGACUCGAGUGAAACGAGGACACAGAAUUCUCAAUUUUUUGAGGAAGGAAACCGGGGCACUAGUCCUAUUCUGGAAAAGGAUAAUGUGCGCAGUGUAAAUGGAAGUUCAAGACAUGGAUUAGCUAAAAAAAAAUCAGCAGAUAACAGAGUCAAAGCUAAGCAAGCAAACACUAAGAUUGAUAUGUGGUGGUUGAACCUCCGUUAUGUUCUAGUGAUUCUCAUGCAAAGAGGUUCAAACGGAGAAGGAGGAAAAGGUCUCUAUAGUGUGAAGUUCACUUCUAAGGAGCAGGGACUAAGUGAUGGUUCCUAUACUGUUGCUUUUGAGGAUCAUGCUGAUGCUAACAACUUCUGUUUUCUACUGGAUUCGUUUUUCGAAGAUUUGGGUGAUUUUAGUGCCAAUGCAGUUCCUAUGUCAAUACAAGAACUGAGUGAAGAAAUAAUAUCACGAGCCAAGAAAGUAAUAGUUGUGAAAAAGAGGCAGCUUCAACUCUAUGCGGGGCAACUACUCACUGAUGUUGAGAUGGCCUUGUGCUCUAUCAUAGAACAAGAUCAAAAUGCGCCGUAAUUGACCACGUGGAGAUCAUUGGUACUUUAUCAAGUUCCAUAAAAAAAUUCUUAACACAGAAACAGCCAUUCUCACCACUAUUGGCGGUCAUGCACUCAUGCUAUUUGUUGACAUUUGGUGAAAAUUCAGAGUGAAGAGUGCUGGGUAAUAGUUGGAGUUAAUGGAUCCGGCAGCACAUAGUGAAGAGUGCUUGGUGACAGGUUUCCCUUCAUAAAGUUUUGUUUAAUCUUAGAAGCUUUUGUUUCUUACAAGUAGCAACAUAUCCCACCAAGGGAAGUGUCCAUUCUGGAGCCACUAGGUACGUGAUCUUAGCACAUCACAUCCGUUAUUUCUCUUUCUUUUUCACCAAAGGUGUCUAGACUCAUUGGGACACCCAACAUUUUCCAAUGUAAAGUCUGAAAUGGUGUUAUGGCACUAGGGUAAAACCAAAUAGAUCUAGUUUGGCACAAAUUUCUGUAACCAACAUUUGUUUAUAAAGCAAAGUGUUACCGAUUUGUCUUCAAUUUCUCAAAAAAGUUGUGGCAACAAUUUAUAAAUGUAUAAUCUGUCAAAUUUGACAAGAAUUUUAUUCUA